GCUGCGGUGCGGGAGAUGCUCCGGGGAUGGGGAUGGGGGUGGAGUGCAGUUGGGAAUGUGCGGGAGAUGCUCCGGGAGCUGCGGGCACCGGGAAUGGGAUAGGGAUGGAACGGUUGGGAAUGCGCAGGGAAGGCUCUGGCAGUGGAUGAGCAGAAACAGCUGGAGUGGCACAAAGGGCUGAGCUGUUUUAGCCUUUCAGCGUCUUCUGCUGUAUUUGUAACAUCUUGGAUGCUCUCUUGCCAUUAAUGAAGCGGUGUUAAUGAGCGAGGCUUGCUGGAUUUUGUGCUUUUGCUGCAAUGGGAGCAAUGUUUGAGUGACCUUUAGCGUAACACAUGAAGGGUCAUGGACACAAACCUUUGGUUUUUCACUGUCACAUCAGCCUCAGCUUCUCCAGCCCUUGCAACAUAUUUCAGCUUUAGUUUCUAUUUGUGGAAAGCCGACUUUCUAAAGUUCUCCGUGGAUAUGUUUUCCACCACAAUUGUUACUAGCAGUGUAGUUAAGGGUUGGAGAAGAUACAAGGAGGGUGAGAGGCACUCGCGCUGCCGGUUCUUUGUGAGUAAUCCAAGAGAAACAACUGCCAACCACUGCCACGUUUUCAUCUGUUGGUAAACAUCAGCUGCUGGCUGGCCUUGAGGGAGGAAGACUGAAUUAGUUCCAGAUGGAGAACUCUUUCAGCCCAUUUAGACUUUCCAGUUGAUUAAAGCCAGCAGGCAGAAAACAUGGAGCAGCCCACAUGAAGAAUCCUGUGGAGUUUCUAUUCCUCCAAGAUGUUCUUUGAAGGACCAAACCUAGUUUUGCAGGCCCCUGGGAGAUGAAGCAUUGACCGCAUGACAUUUUUAUUUCAACAAGUGCUUUCUCAGCGUUGCUUUGCGUGAAGGACAAAGAAUAUUUUAAAAUAUUUCUUUCUUCACCUCACCAUGACGAGCGCCCUGAGCCCAGAGGCCCCGAGCCCUCCCCAGCUGGAGGAGAAGGCAAAAGGAAAAUCCCUGUUCCAGCUGGGCUCCCUCUUUGCUAACAGGAGUGAGAAAUUUGUGAUUGCUCGCAGUGACAGCUUGCCAGAGGAGAAUGUCCUGAAAAUCACAAUCACAGAGACCACGGUCAUCGAGUCCGACCUGGGCAUCUGGAACUCCCACGCCCUCAUCUACCUCACUCUGUGGUUUUUCUUCAGCUUUUGCACUCUGUUCCUUAACAAAUACAUCCUGUCCUUGCUGGAGGGAGAGCCCAGCAUGCUUGGUGCUGUUCAGAUGCUUUCCACCACCUUCAUUGGCUGCAUCAAGAUGUUUGUCCCUUGCUGUCUGUACCAGCACAAGACCCGAAUCUCCUACCCCCCAAAUUUCAUCAUGAUCAUGCUUUUUGUUGGAUUAAUGAGAUUUGCCACAGUGGUCCUGGGGCUGGUGAGCCUGAAGAAUGUGGCAGUUUCUUUUGCAGAGACUGUGAAAAGCUCAGCUCCCAUUUUCACUGUCAUCAUGUCCCGGAUGAUUCUGGGGGAAUACACUGGGUUGCUGGUGAAUCUCUCCCUGAUCCCUGUGAUGGGAGGCCUGGCUCUGUGCACAGCCACUGAAAUCAGCUUCAACAUCCUGGGCUUCUCUGCAGCUCUGUCCACCAACAUCAUGGACUGUUUGCAAAACGUCUUUUCCAAAAAACUACUCAGUGGAGAUAAAUACAGAUUUUCAGCCCCAGAGCUUCAGUUCUACACAAGUGCUGCUGCUGUGGUUAUGCUCAUUCCAGCUUGGAUAUUUUUCAUGGACGUGCCUGUGAUUGGGAAAAGUGGGAGAAGCUUCAGCUACAACCAUGACAUUGUCAUUCUGCUCCUGAUUGAUGGAGUCCUGUUCCACCUGCAGAGCGUCACAGCCUAUGCCCUGAUGGGCAAAAUCUCCCCUGUCACUUUCAGCGUUGCCAGCACUGUCAAACACGCCCUGUCCAUCUGGCUCAGCAUCAUUGUCUUUGGGAACAAGAUCACCAGCCUGUCAGCCGUGGGCACCGUCCUGGUCACCGUGGGCGUCCUGCUCUACAACAAGGCCAAGCAGCACCAGCAGGAGACCCUGCAGAGCCUGGCCAUGGCCCCACAGCCCCCCGGGCCCACCGAGGACACCGAGCCCCUCGUCCCCAAGGAGCUGGACCCCUAUGACUAAUGGGUUAAUCAUUAACAGCUGAGCAUGGCUCCAUGGAGAUCCUCCUGGAUGGGCUCGUUCCUCAAAUCCUCCUGGAUGGGGCUGUUCAUGAAAUCCUCCUGGAUGGGCUUGUUCCUCAAGUUCCUCUGAGUUCCACAAAUCCUCCUGGAUGGGGUUGUUCAUGAAAUCCUCCUGGAUGGGGCUGUUCAUGAAAUCCUCCUGGAUGGGGUUGUUCAUGAAAUCCUCCUGGAUGGGGUUGUUCAUGAAAUCCUCCUGGAUGGGGUUGUUCAUGAAAUCCUCCUGGAUGGGGUUGUUCGUCUGGUUCUUUGAGUUCCUCAAAUCCUCCUGGAUGGGCUUGUUCCACAAAUCCUCCUGGAUGGGGUUGUUCCUCUGAGUUCCUCAAAUCCUCUUCUCUGAGUUCCUCAAAUCCUUCUGGAUGUGGGUGUUCCUCAAAUCCUCCUGGAUUGAUGUGGAUGUUCCUCUGGUUCCUCUGAGUUCCUCAAAUCCUCCUGGAUGUGGCUGUUCUUCAAACCCUCCUAGUUGUGGUUGUUCCUCUGGUUCCUUUGAGUUCCUGGCAGGUCUCACCCAGGAUUUGAAGCAGGAAGGAGCUGGGAAGGAUCCAGAAAAACCUUGGGAACCUGAUGCCCCAAAGAGAGGACCUGGAACGUGGCAAACUUGGCCUUUGUUGUCUCUCCUUGACUCCAAAUUGCCGUGUCUUACGCCAAAUCACACCCAGGCCUGUGCUGGUGGAAGAACUUUGGUGUCCUGUGGGAAAACAGUUCCUGUCUCCCUCCCCAUCCAAACAAUGUGAAAAUGGGGCCCCACCACUGAAUUCUGCUGGCAGAGGGAUGCAGUUGGUGCCUUGUGGAAGUUUCUGGAUGUUCUCCCUCAUUCCUCAGCUGUGGCGCAGAGAUGGGAGAGUCCGAGGAGGGAAUUGUCCCACUCUGGCCUCUCCUCGAGCCCUGAGGGCCCCCAAACCCUGCCAGAGCUCCAGGAGCAUUGUGACAGCACAAGAAGGGAUUUUGGGGUGGAUUUUGAUUUCUGUGCGGGGCAGGAGUUGGACUGGAUGGUCCUUGUGGGUCCCCUCCCACUCAGGAGAUUCCAUAAUUCCAAGAGGGAUUGGAAUUCCCACCCUUCUCUCCCAAAAAAAACCCCAACUUUAUUGAAGAAAACUGUGGGAAAUGAGCUGUGGUGAGCUUCUGCUGCUGGCUACAAAUCCAGGAUUUGUAGUGGUUUAAAACAUAAAAAUGUAAUGUGGAAAUAUUGCAUUCCGAUCAUUUCUUGACAAAACUGAAAUGCAAUUAUUCACACACGUACCCUGUGUAAAUGGAGUGUUGAAUUCAAUAUUUGUAGUUGCUUAGUAAAAAAAAACCACUGAAAAUUGUGGUGGCAAAGGAAGCAGGAUCUCAGUGUUUCUGUAAAAAAAAUAAUUGUUGUUUUAAUUUCAUUUUGUUAUGCAUGAGGAAAGAAAUUGAUGGUUUUUUAAAAUUAUUUCUAAGAGUGCAACAAAAGGCUGCCUUUUAGAAACUCAGGGUUAUGAGUCUGACCUGUGUGUAAAAUAUCUAAUUUCUGAUUAUAUAAAAAGAACUCUCAGAGGCAUCUGUGACAGAUGGGAGGAAUAUUAACCGUAAACUGAGGCAAAUCUUUAUUUCUGCUGCUUUUAAUUUUCCUUUUAUUUUAAAGGAAAUUUGUUUUCUGUGGUAGAUCAAAGAUUAAAAGUUCGUUUUCCUUUUGAACAGUCAGUUUUGACAAAAAAAAAAGCACACAUGUAGCUACAAAAACAUUCGCAUGGACGUUUUGGGAACAAAAUUUAAAUUGAAAAUGAGUGGAUUUUAAUAAUUGUCACUCUUCUGGAAGGUUGGAGCGUGGAUGUAUAAUGGUAAAAAUAAUGGUUAUCAGGGAAUUACAAUUGGAAUUCCUGUAAAAUCACAUUUCCACACCUCAGUGGCUGCCUGGGGCAGAUUCCCCAAAGAUCUGAAGGAGAAAAAUGCCAGUUUAUUCAUCCCUGUGUAUGUGAUAUGUCUGUGGUAUUUUGUUUUCUUUUGUACUCCUGUCACUUUUAUAAAAGCUGUGGACUGUGGAGCUCUGUGGUUUUUUUUUAAAAUUUGUUUUCUGCCAAAUACACUGAGAUUUUUGAAAGGAUAACUA